AUGGCUACCGACAGUCCAACCCCGAAAAGACGAAUCUAUCUCAAUGGCUUCGAUAUGUUCACAGUCGGCCAUCUAUCAUUCGGCCAGUGGAAAAACCCUGCAGAUCGAUCAGCCACAAAGCGGCGAGAUCUUUCAUACUGGACAGACCUCGCCAAGAUCCUGGAGAAGGGUGACUUCAAUGCAUUGUUCUUAGCCGACACUUUCGGUCUCUAUGACACUUACAAGGGUAGUGCCGAGCCGGCUAUUCGCAACGGGGCUCAAUAUCCGAUGGGAGAUCCUGCAAUUCCAAUCUCGGCCAUGGCGUCGGUGACCAAGAACCUUGGUUUUGCUAUUACUACGUCUACAUCCUAUGAAGCUCCAUAUGUCGUUGCAAAGAGAUUCUCAACACUGGAUCACCUUACGAACGGUCGGUUUGGAUGGAACAUUGUGACUUCAUGGAAGGCUUCUGCCUCUAAAGCUGUUGGAUUGCCUCUCAUCGACCACGACAGACGGUAUGAGAUUGCCGAUGAGUAUCUGACCGUGUUAUACAAGCUCUGGGAAGGAAGUUGGGCAAAUGACGCCCUCAAAGAAGAUAUCAAGACCGGCAUCUACACAGAUCCCAGUCUCAUCAAAUAUGUCCAUCAUCACGGUGAAAACUUCCACGUCGAUGGUCCACACAUUCUAGAUCCAUCACCUCAACGCACUCCAUUCCUCUUCCAAGCCGGAACUUCUCCAGCCGGCGUAGCAUUCGGAGCAAAACACGCCGAAGGUGUUUUUGUGUCGGCCCCUUCUCCACACAUCCUGGCUCCUCGCAUCCAAGCUAUCCGUGAGGAAGCAGCAAAGAAUGGUCGUGAUCCGAGAUCUAUAAAGGUCUUUGCCAUUCUGACUCCGAUAAUUGGCCGAACGGAGGAAGAAGCCCAAGCAAAGUAUCGCGAGGCCCUUGAGAACGCCAGUGAAGAGGCUGGUCUGGCGUUUUUCUCCGGUGGAAGUGGUAUUGAUCUCAGUCUUUUUGAUCUGGAUACGCCUAUCAAGCCAUCUGAUGUUCAUGUUGAUGCUCGAGUCCAUUCAACCAUUAACACGCUCUCAUAUCAGAGCCCAGAUGUUCCGGAAUGGACGCCCCGGAAUAUUGGGAAGCAUAUCUCCAUCGGCGGUGCCGGUCCUGUUCCGGUUGGAACUGCGAGCACCGUUGCAGACUUUCUUGAAGAAUGGGUUCGAAUUGCUGAUCUGGAUGGCUUCAAUAUCGGGUAUGUGCAAACUCCGGGGACAUUUGAGGACGUUGUUGAGCUCUUGGUGCCGGAAUUGCGUCGAAGAGGUAUCUAUACUCCCGAGGGAGAGAGCGGAACUAUGCGUGAGAGGAUCUAUGGGCCUGGGCAGAAGCUGCUGAGAGACGACCAUGUCGGAAUUAAGUACCGCUAUGAGGUUUAUGAUGGUAAAUAG